GUUGAAUGCAGAGCGUGCAGGUGCAGGUGCAAGGACGAGCAGCAGCAACACCGGCGGCACAUCGUCCACGAUCGCUCACCGCGCCCAGCCGUCGUCUCGCCCGGUACCACCGGAAGGAGGAGAUCUCUCGCCGUCCAGCCGGUGCCGCCGUGGUCGUCGCGCGUGAUCCCCGCUCGAUUCAUUGCCGCCGUCGCCAUUUCGGGGUAAUAUGGCCACACCGCCAACCGAAGGAGAAAUCAGAGUGGGUCCCGGCCAUCAGGUAAACGAUAUCUAUGCAACAUUACCAGACUAUCAACCGAUCGAGAACUACCGCUCCGAGGACGAUGAAGAUCGCGACCUAGAGGAUCCGAGAUGGACACCCGGACUGUACAUUGAUAAUGAUUUGUUGAUGUACCUGACCGCCGCUCGUUCAAUAUCCGCCUUUCAGGGUAUGUGCGAGGAAGAUGGUUGUAUGGCAGCUAGUCGUGACGAUACAACUAUAAAUGCAUUUGAUGUUCUACACGACUCCGGAUACGACGCCGGAAAGGCACUAGAAGCACUGCUAAAGUGUCCAGUUACGAAGGGAAUCGAGAAAAAGUGGACGGAAGAGGAAACGAAACGCUUCAUCAAGGGUUUGCGACAGUUUGGGAAGAAUUUUUUUCGCAUCCACAAAGAUCUAUUACCACACCGGCCUACGCCGGAAUUGGUAGAGUUUUACUAUCUCUGGAAGAAGACGCCGGGAGCGAACCAGAACCGGCCCCACCGCAGACGACGGGCGAGCUCGCUCAGACGACGCAACACACGGACGAACAGUAAUGCGAGUGGCACACCGCCAAAUAGCAGCGGUAGCAGCAGCAGUAGCAGCAAUAGCAACAGCAAGAAGGAACAGACCCCCGAGCGCACCGUGACAGAUACCGGCUCGUCCCGACCGUCGCCGAUCGGCAAGGAGGAGAACAGCUCCGUGACCGAGGACGACGUGAGCGAGUGUGACAGUGAUUCGAGCGCCAACAAGGCGACCGCAGCCGCGGCGGCUGCAGCGACAGCCACCGCCAACGGUGGUACGGUCGGCGUUGUUGGAGGCAGCGGCAGCAACAGCAGCAUCAGCAGCAGUAGCAGCAGCAGCAGUAGCAGCAGUAGUAGUAGCAGCAGCAGUAGUAGUAGCAGCAGCAGCAGUAGUAGUAGCAGCAGUAGCAGUAGCAGCAGUAACGGCGGCGUCGGCGGUUCCGUCGGCGUCGGAGACUUUACGACGACGGCCAGCAGCGGCGGCGUUGGCGGGGGCACGGUCACCGGCGAGGAAUCUCCGUCGAGGAUGCGGACCCGCCAAAAGCCAACCAAGGAAACGAAUGCUACCAAUGCGAAGCGACCAAAGCGUGGCGGUACGGAGACCCCGGAGCAGCAGUCGGCAACCGCCACAUCCGGUGGGACCGCCGGUGGAGGAGGUACACCGGGUAGCAGUGGUAAUGGGGCAGGCAGUUUGGAUAGUCCAAAGACGCCAAGCAAAACGACGACGGGUAGCAGUAGUAGUAGUAGCAAUACCAACAGUAACACCACCGGAAGCGCUUCGAAUGCCGGUGGAACGACGGUGGAUGGUGUCGGCGGAAAGCACAGUUCACAAUCCGGUAGCAAAGGUAAAGGAUCGUCAUCGUCGUCCACUGGGCCGGGUAAGACAGAGACGACCCCAAGCAAGGGUAAAAAGCGAUCAAAUGAGCUCGAGCUCGAUGGAAACGAUGAGAAGGAUGGACAGAAGCGAAAACGUUCGGACAGCCCGGCCGAGAGUCUCACGACGGACAGCCGGCCCGGAUCCGUGCUGGAUGAGAUGGAAUCGGUUAGUGAGGCGGCAACAGAAACGAGCGUGGGUACCAGAACUACCGGCACUCCAACACCGAUCGGCCAUGAUCGGUUACAGGGUGCCAGUGGUGCCGUCAACACUGGAAAUGGUCCAGGGGGAGGUGAAGGAAGUGCCACAAAUGCGAAGGACGACGACAAAGAUCCACUGUCGCUCGGACCGCCGCUUGCCGCGGAACCGAUGGUUACGGAAUCGAACGAAAACAGUAGUAGCAGCAAUACGACCACGUCGACGGUUGCGAAAUCUUCGUCCGGUGGAUCGGAGGAUAAGGAUGACGAUUCGAAUGCGGGUGCAACGGGUGCAGUUGUCGCAUCGGCGGUAGCAACGGUUCCGACGGCAGCAGACACAGCCAAGCUGCCCGAAACUGAAGAUAUAUCACCACCGUCAACCGCAGCCACAACACCCGUCGCAACUCCAGCUCCACCAACGACAGGAGCUCCAUUAUCCGGUGCCGAUGGUAGUUGUGAAGCACAACAAGGACCUCCAUCUGCGGAUGAGGCAGCAAGUGCAAAUGGAACGUGUACGGUGGCGGUUAGUGCUGGUGUAGAAGGUAAGUCGUGUGUCAAUUCUCUCGGUGGAGCUUCGUCCAACGAUCAAGAAAUGGCCUCAAAGUUGGCAAACAUGAAGCAAGAAACUUCUACAACGGGUUCGUCAGGAGCUGGUGCUCAACCCGGAUCUGCAGCAUCGGUUGAAUUCAACUCCAAAGAUGUGUUCAUCAAGAAGGAACCGAACGAAGAUCCUACGGCAGCAGCAGCUGCUUCUGCAGCUUCUUCAGGCGCUGGAGAUCAGUCUGCUACUGGUAAUAGUGGUACAGUACCAAGCUCCGGUGUUCCUAGUGAGCCGCAGGAUUUGAAGUUAAAGAUCGAGGUAAAGUCGGAAGCAAAGCUCAUGCCUGGAGGUGGUAACGACUCGUCGAAUCAAGCUAGCGGACCGGAUAUGAAGUACGAUCCGGAGAACUUGGUGAUGAAACCGUACGAAAGUCACAUCAAGUACGGAGGACAUCCGGGUGAGGAUGGCAUGAAGUAUAGUGAGCACAAGUAUGGACCGCUACCACCACAUCAGCAAGUACCAGGUCCGGGUGAACCUCCGGGUCUGAAGUAUGGUCCUCCAGGUGGUCCUCAGGAUGAACCGCUAGAAUACGAUAUGAAACGUUACCCAGCGCACGGUCCUCCACCGCCACCAUCGGGACAGGAUGGUGGCCCACUGCCACUGAAGCUCGGAGGUCCGCCUGGUCCUCCUACCGGAGCACCUGGAGAACCCUCUCCUGCGGGUCCUCCUCAGCAUAUGAAGCUAUCCCAGUACCCGCAAGAUCUGACGAACCUGAACCUUAAGUACCCACCACCAGACGAACGGACCAAGUUCGCUCCAUCACCCGCUUCGGAUAGUGGAAGUGGUAGUGGCAUUGCGCCACCGCCGUCUGGUAUUGGCGGACCUCUGCCUCUCAUCCCCAAGAGUCAUUACCCAGACCCGGCGCAAUUAAGCAUGUUACGGCAACACUACGAGCACACGUUCAAAUACGAUCCAAUGGCGGCGGUAAAGUACGGUCCACCGGGUAUGCCUCCGUUCGGGGCGCCACCUGGCCAACCAGGACAUCAUCAUCCACACCAUCCGCUGGCCGGUGCGUUGCCGGGACAACCGCAGUCACAACCACAAGAUCUGAAGUACCUUCCACCGGAGGCAGCAGCCGCCGGCAUGGGCCCGCUCAAGUAUCCGCCUUCAUCGUUGGCGAGCGACACACCGACAUCACUCAAGAACAACAGCUUCUCAGCGGACAACCUUCUCAAAAGCAGCACGUCGAGUAGUAGUGGUGGCAACGACUCUUCGAAUCCGCUGGAUGUUUCAGCUUCCGCGCGACAUGCAGUGACUCCCAACCAGGACAGUCAGGGCAGCAAUAGCAGCUCGCAGCCAACGGCGCUUCACGGUAGCGGUAGUAGCAUUGCCUCACCUCAGUCUGGAGGACCUCCACCAUCGCUACCACCCCACGGUGCUGGAUCGUAUCCACCACCACACGGACCACCUCCACCCGGACAUCCGGGUCAUAUCGUGAACCCUGGGCUUAUGCCGACUCUGCUCGGUUCCGGUCCAAACUCAUCGCCCGUUCCACCAACCUCUCAACCGGGUGGAGUUCAUCCGCCUCCACUGGGUGCUCACCCGUUGGCCCAUCCAGGAUCAGCCCCUCCACCACAGCUGCUACCAACACCACCUGGUUCCAGUCCGUACCAGCCAAGCAAUAUGCAUCGAUCCGGUGGUGGUCUACCACCAUCAUCCGUACCAAGCUCCGUGUCGUUAGCAAUAUCCUCAAGUGGCAGUACAGCAUUGACCUCCACUAUCGCAUCCUCCUCUGCUUCUUCCUCUUCAACGUCGGUAACGUCACACUCGCCGGCACCGAUGAGACCCUCGUCCGAUAACGGCCCGCUGGGUCUGCAACCAAUGUCCCACCAUCAUCGUUCGGACCGUGAUCGAGAACCACCUCGGCCCGGUGCCAACGAUAUGCCUCCUACCCGUGCUUCCCCAAUCAAUUCGCUGCUGCAAGGGGUACCACCUCCUCACGGCAUUUUAUCGCAUCCACUCCCACUGCAUCUUGGACAUCCGGGGAUGCAGCUACCUCCACACCAUCCAGCAGCACAUUUGGCCGGUCCGCUAGGACACGCUGGCCUGCUGCCUCCUUCUUUGGCCGCACACGGUGCUGGAAUACCGUUACUGGGCGGUCCAACACCUUCCGCGCUUGGAAGUUUAAUGGAGGUUGCAGGGGCGGGACGUCGAUCGCCCUCAUCCGGGCCAGGACCUCAUUCUCACCUGCCUCCAACAUCGAUGCAUCAGUCAGUCAGCGCUUUGGCGCAAUCCCCGUCUACUCCAACGGGAGCAGGCGGAGGACCCCCGUCAUCGUCGUCUGCACUGAGCCGUGCCAGUCCGAAUGUACCGCCCGGUGGUCCAGGAACGCCCGGAGGAUACCCCGGCCCGGGAGGACACCAUCACCGAUCCAGCUCACCUGCCAACUCAACCAGCUCGGGACUAAGCCGCGCCAGUCCUAUGCAUCUUAGCCAUCAUCCUUCAACACCGGGUGCAGGUAGUGCGGGAGGAGGUGGUUCGUCGGCAGCUGUCGCGGCUGCUGCAGCGGCCGCGUCAGCCGAACGCGACCGACAGAUCAUGCGACAACAGAGCCCUCACAUGACACCACCUCCACCGUCCUCUUCCGCACCAUCUGCUGCAUUGAUCUCAAGCCCGUUGAGCAAGAUGUACGGAGGUCCCUCGGGUCAGCGAUCACCACCACCAUCACAUUCGUUCCGACCGGGUGCUUCGCCACCGGUUAUACGACACCCCCAGAUGCCUCUACCUCUACCGAUGACGGGCCCGAUGGCGGGUAUUCCCGGGUCGGUUAUGCACGCCUCGCAACCCUACCCGCUGAUGCAUCCGUCACUGUUCAAUCCGCACCAUCACAAUCCAUUCUACGCACCGUACCCGUACGGACCGGCUUACGGGCCCGGCUUUUCGUACAUGAAGCCCGGCGGCUCACCGCUCGAUAAUCCGAUGCUGCAUGGGCACCCGACGGCAAUACCUCCUCCCCGACCGGAAGAUGCACCCGGUGCUGGCGGUCCAGGUGGCGGAAUACACGGGAAUGCUGGUGAGAAAUCGAAAUCCUCCAGCGGUAGCAGCAAAUCGCAACAGCCGCAAACUUCCUCCUCCUCAACGUCGUCAGUCUCUUCACUUUCCGGGUCCGGUGGAAACGAUCGUUCGAAGCAAUCGUCCUCAUCGGGUGGAAACGGAGGUCCAGGAAGUGGACAUUCGAGCUCGUCUAAUCAAAGCAGUUCUACUGCUGGCGGACCGCCUGGUGGACCUGGCCGGGGUGGACCUUCGCCUAGCGGUGGUGCUGGCCCUGGUAUGGUCGGCAUGCCGGGCGGUCCUCCCGGUGGUCAUCCGCUCAGUGGGAGUCCGUUUCAUCCUGCCGGUCCACCGCACCAUCACUCACCUUACGGUCCCCCGCAGCCACACAAUCCAUUCAUCGAGAAUCAGCUGCCGCCGGUCGGUGGUGGCAAACCAACCAGCCACAUGGAUGCCCUGCGAGCUCACGCUCAUGCGGCAGCUGGUGGUGGUUUAGGUCCUCCACCCGGGCAUCAUCCUCAUCAUCAUCCGGGUCAUGGACCACCACCACCGCCCGGCCAUCAUCCGGCGCAUCCGAACGAACCGGUGCACAUCGAAACGCUUGACAUCGACCCGGAUCCGGAACCACCAUCGCCUGUCCAUGACAUGAACCGUGGUCCAAGUCCCGAAGCGAAACCGGAUGAUACCGAGUGCCAUCGAUCCCAAUCGGCUAUCUUCGUACGACGCUGUGACCGUGGAGACUACAACUCAUGCACACGUACCGAUCUCGAAUUCAAGCCAACACCCGACUCCAAGCUGGCCCGCAAACGCGAAGAGCGUGAUCGCAAGCUGGCCGAAAAGGAACGGGAACGAAAGGCACAACAGGCGGCCCAGGCGCAACAUCAGCAUCAGCAGCAGCAGCAACAACAACAGCAAUCCCAUCACCCCUCGAUGCAACCGCACCCCCAUCAACCUCCCCCAUCGCAUCCGCACCAUCCACAACAUCCAAGUGUGGCGGCGCAUCAGCAAGCGGUGGCCGCUGCCCAAGCCCAACAUCAAGCGGCAUCGGCGGCAGCAGCUGCGGCAGCUGCAGCUCAGCAACAUCACCAUCAGCAGCAGCAGGCCCAACAUCAAGCGCAGCAGCAGGCGGCGGCACAGCAGCAAGCGCAACAGCAAGCACAACAGCAGGCAGGAAAGCCGGGUGGUAGUGCGGGCGGUGGAUCUGGUGGAUCGGGACCGGGUGGACCACCGGGUGGACCACCUCCAGGGCAUCAUCCAGGACAUCCUUCGCCAGGGCAACAGUCGAUGAAGCCGGACAUUAAACCAUAUCCUGACACACCAGCCUUAAGGCAGCUGUCAGAGUACGCGCGGCCACAUGUUGGAUUUAGUCCUGUGGAAACGAUGGUUCCUCCACCAUACCAUCCACUAUACAAUAGAGAAAGGGACAUCUUUUUUAGGGAAUUUGAGGACCUUAAAAAUCAGCCCGGCAUGGGACCAACUCGCCUGGACCCGCACUGGAUGGAGUACUAUCGAAUGAGAGGAAUGCAUCCGUCACAGUUUCCCGGACUUUACGGCAAUCCUGCGGCCAUCGCACAGCUGGAAAGGGAACGAAUAGGCUUGCCACCGCAUCCUGUUGGGCUGGAUCCAUCCGAUCCGAUGUUGCGCUUGGCUGGCGAAUAUCAUGCACACUCCCAUACGCACUUGCACUUGCAUUCGCAACAGCAGCAAGACUCGGCAGCAGCGGCGGCGGCGGCAGCGGCAGCGGCGGCAGCAGGUUUUCAUCUACCACCCAACGUUCCGCCCUAUCCACGGCCGAAUGUUUUAAUGCCGAGGGAUCCACAUUCGGAGGUACUUUUGCGUAUGUCCUAUGAUCCACUGCAGGCCGCUGAAUUCCAACGACAAAGUGCAUUAGACCGGGCCCAAUCGCUGCAUGAGCAGUAUAUGAGGCAACAUGAACGUGAGAUGAAAGUGCGCGCAUUAGAAGAGGCAGCACGGGGCGGUAAACAUUAGGGGGGUUCG